CUUGAACACAGGGAUCGCUCCGAGCUGCUCGAGGAAGCUAAAAAGAUGGAGGCAGCCAAGUUCCGAUACAUCCUGCCCGUGUACGGGAUCUGCGAAGACCCCCAGGGGCUGGUCAUGGAGUACAUGGAGACCGGCUCACUGGAGACCCUGCUGGCCAAUGAGCCGCUGCCCUGGGAGCUCCGCUUUCGCAUCAUCCACGAGACCGCGGUGGGAAUGAACUUCCUGCACUGCAUGAACCCACCGCUGCUCCAUCUGGACCUGAAGCCGGCCAACAUCCUGCUGGAUGCUCACUAUCACGUCAAGUGCCCCUCAGGAGAGAACAAUAUCCUGCAGAUCAUGGUGAAGGUGGUGAAAGGGGUGCGUCCAGACCUGGGAGCGGUGCCACGAUGUCGACCUUCAGCCUGCACAGGCUUCCUGACCCUCAUGCAGCGAUGCUGGGCCACAAAGCCCGAAGCCAGACCCAGCUUCCAGGAAAUCACAUCUGAAGCCGAGGAGCUCUGCUCUAAACCUCAGGAGGAACCCAAAUCACCCAGGUUAUCAACAUCUGACCCAGAGCCCAUGACCCCUAAAGCACUCACGGGUGACCAGGUACGAUACGACGUGCACCUGGCUUCUCAGAGGGGGCAGUAUCGAGUGGCACGGAUCCUGAUUGAGCUGGGAGCCGACGUGCACAUGACAUCAGCUGGAUCAAAGACGCCGCUACAUGUGGCGGCUGAAACGGGUCACACCAGCACGUCUCGGCUCUUGGUCAAACACCAGGCAGAUAUCAAUGCUCAGAGCGCCCAUGGACUCACUCCCCUCCACCUAGCCUCCCAGCGGGGCCACCUGCCCACAGUCAAGAUGCUGAUAGAAGAAGGGGCAGACCCCUACAAAGCUAACGGCGCCCUACGCACGCCCUGCCACAUGGCGGCAGAGGGUGGACACUGUGAAGUCCUGAAAGAGCUGCUCAAUCACUGUCCAGACGGUGGCAGCCUGUCAGAUGAGCAGGGCCUCAGCCCUUUACACCUGGCGGUGCAGGGCGGACACUCGAACAUCAUUACUAUGCUGCUGCCGCAGGACUGCCAGGACUUAGUUACAGAGAGCUCUGUGCAACCAGCAGCCGAAGAGCCCGCACCAGCAGAAGCUAGGCACCUGCAGAGGAAAGUUGUCAUCCUCAAACUGACGGAGCACGGCGACAAAGACUGCCCACAAUCCAUCAGUGCACACUGUGCCUCCGCUCCCUGCUAACAGCAGCAAAAACACUGUACAGGACUGUUUUGGUUUGUUUCCAUGCUAAUCCUCUGCUGCCUCACCAAUAGGCAGUCUUUUUAUUUUUUUUAAUUGUGCCCUACAAGCACUGUAAAAUUGUUGUAAAUACAAACUGUAAAUAGAAAGUGUUAAUACCAUUUUGUGUUUGAAUUAAAAAUGUUGUUUACUUCUUUUGUACCUAUCAAACACAUUUUGGUUUCUUUUGUUUUCUUUGUACGUAACAAGCAUGUGUCCUCCUGGAAGCCUUUUACACGAUCAUUACUGCAGCUGGCAUGCCUGUAAGUUAUUUUUAAUAGAUUCACAAAAACUGACUCGUCGAGCUUUUAGGAAAAAAGCAUUCAGUGUUCUUUAACUUGUUACAUAUCAGUGCAACAUCCAUUAAACAUCUGAAAAUCUUU